CUAUCAAUGCAAGACCAAACCAUCCAGAAAUUGUUAAUCAUCCAUUAUUCAAAACAUAAACAGACAUUUUAGUUGCAUCGUUUCAACUUGCUUAGAUCUGCCUGUGGAAAUAUAAUAUGGAGGGAGAUAGCAGCUCUGGUCAUGAAAAAACUGGGCGGGGUGAGGCGGUGGUUUCAAUAGUCCACGUUGCCGACUCAUCGGAGCAGAGCGCUUCAACGGGGGGUGCUAUGGGGGGUGGCACUGAACAAAGUACGACAGUGGACAGUGAAAAGACGACGACAACAGAAGGACCUGCACAAGAGACUGGAGUGACACUGAAUAGCCAGGAUGUGACGGAAGAAAACGAUCAAGAAGAGAAAGAAGAAGAAGAAGUAGAAGAAGAAGAGGAGGAGGAGCAGGCGGAAACAGCCCAAGAAACAGCAACAGGUGCGAGUAAAAGUGACGUUUCUGCAGAUACCAAACCGAAUAAACCCGAAAAACCAUCGAGUAAAUUGACGGAAGAACCAAGUGUGUCAAAAUCUAAGUUGAGUAAAUCGCUUUCGAAAACAGAACCAAACAGCCCAGAGAAAGACCAAUCAAGCUCGUAUAGAAGAGACCAAGUGAAACAUUCGCACGACGACAAUGGCAGUAGGAGCAAAAUGGAUGAGUCAGGGGAAGACAACGGGAGGAAAGUUAGAAGCGAGGGAAGUGAGUCAAAAGUGGGAAAAAGUAGCGAAGGAGAGGCAAAAGAGGAUAGCAACAGAGGGGAAACAGCGUCUACGAAAUUAGUAAACAAGGAAAAAACGAGUGCUAGCGACGGAGAUGACAGAAUUGCCGAAAGGUCAAGUGGUUCGAAAGUAGAUGAUAAAAAAGACAAGUCUACAAAUGGAGAUAAUGACAAAGAAAACAGAUGCGGACAGGGCAAAGAGAGCAAGAGACCAAAAAAGGGGGGACAGGCCGGGGGAGAUCGUAUAACACAAGGGGAGGAUUUGGUACAAAAGAGCGAGGAGGGAGAGGAAGAGGGUGGGGACUCGUCCAGAAUAAGUCAGCUGGCCAAACACAAACAACUCCACCCCGAUUACAUUGGAUGCAGGGAGUUGGGACCGUGGCCGGAGGAGCCAGUGGACAGGAGCUACGAGGCCUCUGAGAGACUGAAGCAGCUGGCAGAGCCCAAGAAGCAACACCCCAACUUCAAACCAGACAAACCGUCAGUCUAUUGGCCAGACAAAGAUCCGGAUAAAACAACUGGGGAGGGGGCUUCUGAGAGGAUAGCAGAACUAGCCAAGCCCAAAGAGAGGAAGGACAAAGACAUCAGAGAUCCCGAGUGGGAGGUGAGUGGAGCUGCGAAGAGCACGAAGCCCUCGGAACGACUAGAAGCACUGAGCAAGCCAAAGGACUACCCAGCACCCCACGUAGUGCCAGCCUCCUUCCAGCAACAGCCACAGCAGCAGCUGCAGCAGCAGCAGCAAAUGCCGGCAGCCGGUCAACGGGAGAAGUCCACUGCUGGCAUGAAGCCCUCCCAAAGAGUGGAAGAGUUGGCCAAACCUCGCAAAAAGCUCCAGCAGGACUACGAGCCAGAGUGGGGUUCGGUGGAGCCGGGUGCUCUGAAGGCCACUGCCUCCCAGAGAGUGCAGCAGCUGGCACAGCCCAAACCCCUCCCACAGCACUACCAGAUGAGAAGAGACCCCUCAUGGCAGCCCAGUGAGCAGGCGAAGAGUGCGACUGCGUCUGCACGCACUGAACAGCUGAGCAAGGCGAAGAGACGCAACGCGCUGGACGAAGACUACGAUGGUCACAAAGUGUCCUCAGCAGCAAAAAAUGCGAAAGCUACUAUGCGACUAGUUGAGCUGUCCACGCCCAAAAGAAUCACCACUACAAAACAAGAUACGAAUUGCUAUUACAAUAUCAAACUCAGCUACAUACUCAACAACAGUGAAAUAACUCGAAAUUUAACUCAAAACAGCUAA